AUGGCACUUCUCCAAUAUAGAAAUAUCGUCGAUUAUGAGGCGCAACAAGUCGCUUUCGAGAAUUUCCUCCAGGGAUUCAAAACUUCUCCGGAGCAGACCUUGACGCAUGCUAUUGGUCAGAUCAACAUUGACGAGGACGACUUGAGCGAUGAAUAUGAUUUCAUGGAUGAAGAUGAUGAUCAUCAUGAGCAGCGCAGGAGGGAGAAAGCUUCGAGGUUGCCACAGCACAAAUACGCCGACAUGAUGCAGAAACUUGCAGAUCGAGCACUGGACGAGGUCUUGAUAGAACUGGAUGAUCUUACUCAAUGGGAAGAGGAGACAAACGAGGGACUGAAACUUGUGGAAUCCAUCGAAACCAACACCAAGCACUAUGCCGAGAUUAUAUCCAGAGCUAUCGACAAAAAAAUGCCUGCUCCUACUACAGGUGUAACAUUUAAAGAUGACGUUUUAGAUGUGAUUAUGGAAAAAAGACAAGCCCGAAACCGCGAUCUUGCUGAAGCGGCUGCCAACACAAACAACCCCGACUUGCUCGAGUCUACAUUUCCAGCUCAGCUGACGAGACGAUAUACGCUCGUGUUCAAGCCGAGAACAUCAACCAAAGAGAAGCCAGUCAAGGCUCUUGCAGUUAGACAAGUACGGGGAGAUCAUCUAGGCCAUCUUAUCACUGUCCGCGGCAUUGCGACUAGGGUCUCGGACGUCAAACCUGUCGUUCAAGUAGGCGCUUAUACUUGCGAUCGUUGUGGCUGUGAAAUCUUCCAGCCCGUGAAUGACAAGCAGUAUUCACCUCUUACCAACUGCCCCUCGCAAGAAUGCCACGACAACCAAUCCAAGGGCCAACUGUUUCAAUCCUCUCGAGCAUCGAAGUUCUUGCCUUUCCAGGAAGUCAAGGUUCAGGAACUGGCAGAGCAAGUUCCUAUCGGCCAGAUUCCUCGUACGCUCACUAUUUUAUGCUAUGGCAGUGCGGUCAGACAGAUCAAUCCUGGAGAUGUUGUCGAUAUAUCCGGAAUAUUCCUACCUACUCCCUAUACGGGCUUCCAGGCAAUGCGAGCCGGGCUACUGACUGAUACAUAUCUAGAAGCGCAUCACAUCACCCAGCACAAGAAAGCAUACGAGGAAAUGAUUAUAGAUGACAGGCUAUUGAGACGCAUCAGUACCUUUAGCCAGUCGGGUACCGUAUAUGAAAUGCUAGCAAAGUCGAUCGCACCAGAAAUCUUCGGUCAUCUAGACGUCAAGAAGGCUCUCCUCCUGCUCCUUGUUGGUGGUGUUACCAAGACAAUGGGUGAUGGAAUGCGAAUUCGUGGCGACAUCAACAUUUGUUUGAUGGGUGAUCCUGGUGUUGCCAAGUCCCAACUGUUAAAGUAUAUCUCGAAGGUUGCCCCCCGUGGUGUAUACACGUCUGGUCGUGGUUCAAGUGGUGUUGGUCUUACUGCCGCGGUAAUGAGGGACCCCGUGACAGACGAGAUGGUUCUUGAAGGCGGUGCUUUGGUGUUAGCAGACAACGGUAUCUGCUGUAUCGAUGAAUUCGACAAGAUGGAUGACAAUGACCGAACCGCUAUCCACGAAGUCAUGGAACAGCAGACUAUUUCCAUUUCCAAGGCUGGCAUAUCAACUACUCUCAAUGCCAGGACAUCUAUCCUGGCAGCUGCCAACCCUAUAUACGGCCGCUAUAAUCCACGCAUAUCCCCUGUUGAGAACAUUAACCUACCAGCUGCCUUGCUAUCUCGUUUCGAUGUUCUGUUCCUCCUACUCGACACGCCGACCCGCGAUGGCGACGCGCAGCUGGCCAAGCACGUAGCAUAUGUGCACAUGCAUAGCAAGCAUCCUGACACAUACGCAACCAAUGCUACUGAUGGCUCGGCCGCAGCACAGCCCAAUGUCGUAUUUACACCACAUGAGGUACGCGCAUAUGUGGCACAAGCGCGCACAUACCGCCCAACUGUGCCGGAGACCGUAACGGAAUAUCUAACAAAGACGUACGUACGACUUCGGGAGGCGCAGCGCCGCGCCGAGAAGAAGAAUAAGCUGUUCACGCACACAACACCACGAACACUACUUGGUGUAGUUCGUCUCGCUCAGGCUCUAGCUCGUCUGCGUUUUGAUAGCGUUGUCAACCGUGACGAUGUGGAUGAGGCGCUACGGCUCAUGGAAGCUAGCAAGGAGAGUCUUGCUGCGCAUGAGGGCAAUACAGGUAGAAGAACCCUUAAUGCCUCCAGCCGAAUUUAUAACCUGGUCAAGAGUCUUGCGGAUACUGGCGCAUGUAGGGCUGGAGAUGGUGAUGAGGAUGAGGACGAGGAUGAGCCAAACACGGUGGAAUUAAGCUUGCGCAAAGUCCGUGAGCGUGUGGUGGGCAAGGGAUUCACGGAAGAUCAGUGGCUGGAUGCGUUGGAGGAGUAUACCCAUUUAGAUGUCUGGCAAACUGCUGGCAAUGGUACGAGAUUGGUGUUCAUCACUGCCAAUGACAAUGCGGAGAAUGAUGACGAUGAAUAA